AUGGUCGACGGAGCUCCAUGGAUCCUAAUGGUCGGAUCGAGCGUCAUGGACAGAAGGGUAAGAUCGAUAGUAGAGCUCGGAGACGGCCGAGAAUUCUAUGGGGAAUCGGCUUAUCAGCCAGAUAAAUUCCCUCCCACUCAGUUUCCUUUGAUUUAUCCAUACGGCAUACUGAAAUCGGAGGAUUCGAAGAAAUGCCAGGGCGACUCUCUAAAUUUGAUCGACGUCAAGGACAAGAUUGUGCUGUGUGAAGCGACCUGGGAUUAUAAGGAGAAUGUGGAAGCCGGCGAUCUCGUUAAAAAGGCCGGUGGCGUCGCCGUUAUAGUCAUGAGCCACCCGAUGAUGGGGAAUCGAACGGACGCGGAUGCUUUUCUCCAUCCAUCUUCUCGUGUUACCUACAACGACACAGUGGAAAUUAUAAAGUAUGUUGACCAGGCAUCAAAUCCAACCGCAGCGAUAAAGUUCAACGGAACGCAAUUUGGACAUCGCCCCGCACCUGUAGUGUCCUCGUUUUCGAAUCGAGGCCCUAACCCCUUUAACAGUAACAUAAUAAAGCCAAACUUUAUUGCACCCGGUUCGGACAUUCUCGCAGCCUGGCCAACUGAAGUCAGUCCGAAUCCUACAGGCACGGAUAAGACGUUUAUCAUGGUAAGUGGAACUUCAAUGGCUGCACCUCACGUGUCAGGGAUCGUGGCUCUCCUCAAGCACAAUCAUCGACAUUGGUCGCCCGCUGCGAUUAAAUCAGCCAUCAUGACAACAGCCUACACGAAAGACCGAGAUGGUAAUCCCAUAAAAGAUGAAUAUGACGGUAAAGAUGCUGGAGCCUUCACGAUGGGAUCGGGUCAUGUGGACCCGGUGGCAGCUAAUGAUCCGGGUCUGAUAUAUGAUAAUGACCCACACGAUUACAUCCGAUACCUUUGUGGGAUGAAACUUCCGGAUUUUAAGGUAUCAUCAAUUGCAGGUGGCCUGAUUGUGUGUUCUCAAGUUCAAGCUAUUAAGCCUAAGCAAUUGAACUAUCCUUCAAUUUCGGUGUCUCUCGGGGCUAAAUCGGUUGAUAAUCCAGAGGGAGUGCAUGUGGAUGUUGACCCUAUUACCCUUGCAUUCACUAAUGAAGGUGAAAAGCAAGAUUUUACUGUGACAUUGAGUAUUCAGGGAGUUCCACCCAAAGCAGGCAAAGUUUCAGAAGGGCAACUAGUAUGGGUUUCUGGCAAGUAUUUUGUGAGGAGUCCUAUUGCAGUUACAUUCACCUGA